CCCGAAAACAAUCACGUUUUUUCUUCUUGUUCGCCUCUAAAAUCCCAACCAAAGCAAAUUUUCCGAAUUUAAUUACUCUCAUCUCAUCAUCAUCCCCAACGACGAGGGGAAGUCUCGAGGUGAUGCUGCAGCUUGCUUGAAUAUAAAAAACAGCGAAAUUUUGUAGCAUUUCUGAAGCAGCAGCAGGCAGCAGCGGUGAUCGGAUAAGAUCGGUUUCCCAGUUCGCGCGCAUCCCGAUUCUGGCCAUAACUAUAAUAAUAGAUCAAUAGUCUUCCCUUAUUCACAAGAAUCGCCACCUCGCCCAUCCUCUCUAUCAGAGCUCUUCAUUCUGUUUCAAUCUUCGUCGGAAGAGAUGCAGCCGACUUCGUGUUCUUCAGAGCCUAAUCAGCGCAUUGCCAGGAUCGCUGCCCACCUCAACCCUCCCAAUACCCAGAUGGGAGAGAGUUCGGGCCCAGCCCGGUGGAAUUGCAGGGCGAAAGGCGGGUCUUCCGGGUUCAAGGUGGCGAUACUGGGAGCGGCAGGUGGGAUUGGGCAGCCGCUGGCGAUGUUGAUGAAGAUGAACCCGUUGGUCUCUGUCCUUCAUUUGUAUGAUGUCGUCAAUACCCAUGGCGUCACUGCUGAUAUUAGUCACAUGGAUACUGGUGCAGUGGUACGUGGGUUCUUAGGGCAGCAGCAAUUGGAAGAUGCUGUCACGGGAGUUGAUGUUGUGAUCAUACCUGCUGGUGUCCCUAGAAAACCAGGAAUGACGAGGGAUGAUCUAUUCAACAUCAAUGCUGGAAUUGUUAAGACACUCUGUGAAGCAAUUGCUAAGUGCUCUCCUCAGGCCAUCGUCAAUAUAAUUAGUAAUCCUGUAAACUCAACGGUACCAAUUGCAGCUGAAGUUUUCAAGAAAGCUGGAACGUAUGAUCCAAGGCGGGUUUUGGGAGUCACAAUGCUUGAUGUUGUCAGAGCUAAUACCUUUGUGGGUGAGGUUAUGGGUCUUGAUCCAAGGGAAGUCGAUUGUCCAGUUGUUGGGGGUCAUGCCGGAGUUACUAUUUUACCUCUCUUAUCACAGGUUAAACCUCCAUGCUCUUUCACCCAGAAAGAAAUCGAUUACUUGACUGAUCGCAUUCAAAAUGGUGGUACUGAAGUUGUUGAGGCAAAAGCAGGCACUGGUUCUGCAACACUAUCCAUGGCCUAUGCUGCCGUUAAAUUUGCAGAUGCUUGUCUUAGAGGGUUGAGAGGAGAUGCUGGUGUCGUGGAGUGCGCCUAUGUAUCCUCUCAAGUGACAGAGCUUCCUUUCUUCGCAUCAAAAGUACGGCUUGGCCGUGCUGGAGUAGAAGAAAUUUACCCACUUGGCCCCCUUAACGAGUAUGAAAGGGCUGGCUUGGAGAAGGCAAAGAAAGAAUUAGCAGAAAGCAUUCAAAAGGGGGUUUCCUUUGUCAGAAAAUGAAGGGUCAUCAUCAUUCCUCGUGAAGUAUAAAAGAGCUUCCGCCUUCCAGUAGUGAUUCUCAGCCUUGUAGUUUUGUUGUUACACAGUCGUAUAAUGCACGAUAUGCCGGUUACUCGAAAUAAGUAGUUUGGAGAGGGUUAUUACGUCGCAACAAAUAAGGGCAUCUCGAAGAUGUGUUCUGAUGACGAUGUUAUUAAGCCAAAGCAAAUAAGAACUUCGUGAAGAUGGGUUCCGAUGAUGAUAGUAUUUUACACAAUACUGAGUGUCGUCAGUGUUGUUCUGGUGAUAUAUAUAUGUACACAAUAAUCCCUGCAAGUUUCCAGAAGUUGGGAGUAUUUUGCAGUUUCUUACAUCACUUGUGUGGAAGAACAGCAGGGACAAUAAUGGAUCCAACAGUUACUUUCGAGUUUGUACCUUAAAAUGAAAGAAAAAGAAAAAACAGAGAUUUUCUCUUCACCAUAAAAGAAGAGAAAACAAGCGAUCAUAUAACUGGACUGGAAUUGUCAGGUCCCUCAGAUGUGGUAAUGUACAUAAAGAACUCUGUUUGGUUUUUCACU